GCUCGCCUGCCCGCGGCUCAUUCUGGCCUCGGCUCGGGCCCCGGCUGCGUCUCCCGCGCGCAGGCUGCACGGCCCCCGCGCGCCCGCGCUCCGACCGGCUCUCGGCGCGUCGCCGGGUCGCCUGCUCGCCCCGCACCUCUCGCCCCAGUUCCCAAGAGCGGGGAUGCAGAUGCUGCCGCUGGCCCGGGUGGGCGCCGCCGCCGCCGCCGCCGCUGCUCUUCCCCGGACUGCUCGCUGCCUCCGCUUCGACAGCUGCCGCCGCCGCCGCCUGUGACUCGCCCCCUCCCCUUUCUUUCUUCUCUUUUUUGCCUCCGUCCUCUUUCUCCGGGUGUGCGCGCGCGCUGACUGCACGGUUGGCUUUGGCAGGAGCUCGCUCGUGUGUGCGCGUGUGUGAGUGUGCGUGUGUGGAGAGCGCCAGAGCCCUGCUCGCUCUCGGAGAGUCGAAGAAGAGAAAGAACCGAAGAGGCGGCGGCGGCGGCGGCGGCGCGGAGCUCGGGGCCGCGCGAUGAAGCUCCCACAUGCCCUCGGCCGCCCGGCCCGGCCGGCCAGCUAAUCGGCCACCCCGCGGGCUCCGGGCUCCGCGACCCCCGGGACGCAGCCCUCAGCGGCCGGGCGCCCGCUCCACCCGCGCGCCCCCACCGUGCACCCGGGAAGGAGUUUGCGUGGCCCUCGCUCCGGCUCUCGGCGCGGGUUGCGGGCGCGAGAGGAGACCCUCCGCCGGGGGCAAACCUCGGCAGCAGGAGGCGGGUUUGGCGGAGAAGCAGCCACCCCAGGCUCUCGCGGCUCCCCCUACCUAUUCCAUUGCUCCCUUUCCCAAGCGGAAAGGGGAGGACGAGGAAGAAGAAGAAGAAGAAAGAGAAGGGGGUGGGGUGGGAGAACUGGAUAUAAAGAUCGGCUGGGGGAUGGUGGAAGAUUUUUGGUCUCUCCAGCGGCGUCUUUCCUUAAGCGGCGGCGGCAGCGGCGGCAGCGGCGGCAGCAGCAGGAGAGGCAGCCUCCGUGAUGACUGCCGCAUGUUAAUAGCCGCCGCGCGGGUCUCUCGGCUGCUGCUGGAGACGGAGCCUGACUCCGAAGUUGUGCAACUGUGGACUGGGAGACACAUUUGAACCUUCCUCUCUCUUGGCUCCGUUUCGACCCCCUCGGUGUGUUUGGAGCGAGAGAAACGUCAAGGAAGACACGCAUUUGGGUCUUUUCUUCUUGUUUUCCCCUUGCCCUUUCUCCAUGGCUGUGUAGUGGAAGAAAGAGGGGGGGAGGAAGGAGAGACUUUUUGUUGUUGUUUCUCCACCCUCCUGCUGCCUGCUCUGCGCUUUGGUAUCCUUCUUGGCCGCGUGUGGUGGGGUGCCUUCUACGGGGCCGGCCGGUCUCUUGCCCCCGGGCUCCAUGGCUGGAUUGUGGACGCUGCCCCCGGCUGCAGGUUGUUGAGCAACUGAUGGGACGAUCGCAGGGACCGGCGGUUGCGGAAGAAAUGUUUAAAUGUUCAGUAAAUCGGAGGAAAAGAACAUGGACUUUUAGCAACUGAAGAGCAAAUUAAGGAUUCAAAUUUGGGAUAUUGGUCUUUGUUUUUGAGAACUUUUUUUGUGGGAUUUUUUUUUUUUUUUUUUUUUUAAUCAUCGGUCUUGGAAUACAGAAGAGGAACCAGAAAGACACUUACUUCAUUUCACGUUGGGAACACUCACUAUUGAGGCAUUCUCACGCCCCGGUCCACAACCAUGUGGCCAUCACAGCUACUAGUCUUCAUGGUGCUUGCUGCACCAGUCGUUCAAGGUGGCAAGCACAGUGAGCGACAUCCAGCCCUUCCUGCUACACUGCGACAUGCUGAGCGCAGCCCCGGAGGCGCUCUCCCACCCAGACAUCUCCUUCAGCAACCAGGCGCAGAGCGGGCCACUACUCAUCGUGGACAAGGGCCCCGUGGAGCUACCAGAGGAGGUCGUGGUCCAGGUGCCCAAGGAGCCCAGAGUGCAGCCCAAGCUUUCAGCCGUGCCCCAAUUCCGAUGGCUGUGGUCCGCAGAGAGCUGUCCUGUGAGAGCUACCCCAUAGAGCUCCGCUGUCCAGGAACAGAUGUCAUCAUGAUAGAAAGUGCCAACUAUGGAAGGACUGAUGACAAAAUUUGUGACUCUGACCCUGCUCAGAUGGAGAACAUACGAUGCUAUCUGCCAGAUGCCUAUAAGAUUAUGUCUCAAAGGUGCAAUAACAGAACGCAGUGUGCAGUGGUGGCAGGUCCUGAUGUUUUUCCAGACCCGUGUCCAGGAACCUAUAAAUACCUGGAAGUGCAGUACGAAUGUGUCCCUUACAUUUUUCUUUGUCCUGGACUACUGAAAGGGGUAUACCAGAGUGAACAUUUGUUUGAAUCCGACCACCAAUCUGGGGCAUGGUGCAAAGACCCUCUGCAGGCUUCGGACAAGAUUUAUUAUAUGCCCUGGACACCCUACAGAACCGACACCCUCACUGAGUACUCCUCCAAGGACGACUUCAUCGCCGGAAGACCUACCACAACCUACAAGCUCCCUCACAGGGUGGAUGGCACAGGGUUUGUCGUGUAUGACGGAGCUCUGUUUUUCAACAAAGAGCGCACCAGGAACAUAGUCAAGUUUGAUUUGCGGACUAGGAUCAAGAGCGGAGAGGCGAUCAUAGCAAAUGCUAAUUACCAUGAUACCUCCCCUUACCGAUGGGGAGGCAAAUCUGACAUAGACCUGGCCGUGGAUGAAAAUGGGCUCUGGGUGAUCUAUGCAACAGAACAAAAUAAUGGUAAAAUUGUCAUUAGUCAAUUGAACCCUUAUACCCUACGGAUUGAAGGGACGUGGGAUACUGCGUACGAUAAAAGAUCCGCUUCCAACGCAUUUAUGAUUUGCGGGAUUCUGUAUGUGGUCAAAUCUGUCUACGAGGAUGAUGACAAUGAGGCCACAGGGAAUAAGAUUGACUACAUUUACAACACCGACCAAAGCAAGGAUAGUUUGGUGGAUGUCCCCUUUCCCAAUUCAUACCAGUACAUAGCAGCUGUGGAUUACAACCCCAGGGACAACCUUCUUUACGUAUGGAAUAACUAUCACGUCGUGAAAUAUUCCUUGGAUUUUGGACCUCUGGAUGGUAGAUCAGGGCAGGCACAUCAUGGACAGGUGUCCUACAUCUCUCCACCCAUUCACCUGGACUCUGAGCUAGAAAGACCUCCUGUUAGAGAAAUGUCUACCACAGGACCUCUUGGCAUGGGAAGCACCACCACCAGCACCACCCUGCGUACCACAACUUGGAGUCCAGGCAGGAGUACCACCCCAUCCGUGUCUGGAAGACGAAACCGGAGUACCAGCACCCCAUCUCCAGCUGUGGAGGUGCUUGAUGACAUGACCACACAUCUGCCAUCAGCCUCGUCCCAAAUCCCAGCUCUGGAAGAGAGCUGUGAGGCCGUGGAAGCUCGAGAAAUCAUGUGGUUUAAGACCCGUCAAGGACAGAUGGCCAAGCAGCCUUGCCCUGCAGGAACGAUUGGAGUAUCCACUUAUCUCUGCCUGGCUCCUGAUGGAAUCUGGGAUCCCCAAGGACCAGAUCUUAGCAACUGCUCUUCUCCUUGGGUCAACCAUAUAACACAAAAGUUGAAAUCUGGAGAGACCGCUGCCAACAUUGCUAGAGAGCUGGCUGAACAAACAAGAAAUCAUCUGAAUGCUGGAGACAUCACCUCCUCCGUCCGCGCCAUGGACCAGCUGGUGGGCCUCCUGGAUGUGCAGCUCCGGAACCUGACCCCAGGAGGAAAAGACAGUGCCGCCCGGAGCUUGAACAAGCUUCAGAAAAGAGAGCGCUCUUGCAGAGCCUAUGUCCAGGCGAUGGUCGAGACAGUUAACAACCUUCUCCAGCCACAAGCCUCAAAUGCAUGGAGAGACCUGACUACAAGCGAUCAGCUACGGGCAGCGACCAUGUUGCUUGACACUGUGGAGGAAAGUGCUUUUGUCCUGGCCGAUAACCUUUUGAAGACUGACAUUGUCAGGGAGAACACAGACAAUAUUCAGUUGGAAGUUGCAAGGCUGAGCACGGAAGGAAACUUAGAAGACCUAAAAUUUCCGGAAAACAUGGGUCACGGAAGCACUAUCCAGCUCUCCGCAAACACUUUAAAACAAAAUGGUCGAAACGGAGAGAUCAGAGUGGCCUUUGUCCUCUACAACAACUUGGGCCCUUAUUUGUCCACGGAGAAUGCCAGCGUGAAGCUGGGAACAGAGGCGAUGUCCACCAAUCAUUCUGUUAUUGUCAAUUCCCCUGUUAUUACAGCAGCAAUAAACAAAGAGUUCAGCAAUAAGGUUUAUUUAGCUGAUCCUGUGGUGUUCACUGUUAAACAUAUUAAGCAGUCCGAGGAGAAUUUCAACCCUAACUGUUCAUUUUGGAGCUAUUCCAAGCGCACAAUGACAGGUUAUUGGUCAACACAAGGCUGCCGGCUUCUGACAACAAAUAAGACACAUACUACCUGCUCUUGUAAUCACCUAACCAAUUUUGCAGUACUGAUGGCACACGUGGAAGUUAAGCACAGUGAUGCGGUCCAUGACCUUCUUCUGGAUGUGAUCACGUGGGUUGGAAUUUUGCUGUCCCUUGUUUGUCUCCUGAUUUGCAUCUUCACAUUUUGCUUUUUCCGCGGGCUCCAGAGUGACCGCAAUACCAUCCACAAGAACCUCUGCAUCAGCCUUUUUGUAGCUGAACUUCUCUUCCUGAUCGGGAUCAACCGAACUGACCAACCCAUUGCCUGUGCCGUUUUCGCUGCCCUCUUACAUUUCUUCUUCCUGGCCGCCUUCACCUGGAUGUUCCUGGAGGGAGUGCAGCUCUACAUCAUGCUGGUGGAGGUUUUCGAGAGCGAGCACUCACGGAGGAAAUACUUCUACCUGGUCGGCUACGGGAUGCCCGCGCUCAUUGUGGCUGUGUCAGCAGCGGUAGACUACAGGAGUUACGGCACAGAUAAAGUAUGUUGGCUCCGACUUGACACCUACUUCAUUUGGAGCUUUAUAGGACCAGCGACCUUGAUAAUAAUGCUUAAUGUCAUCUUCCUUGGGAUUGCUCUAUAUAAAAUGUUCCAUCAUACUGCCAUUCUGAAACCUGAAUCGGGCUGCCUUGAUAAUAUCAACUAUGAGGAUAACAGACCCUUCAUCAAGUCAUGGGUUAUAGGUGCAAUAGCUCUUCUCUGCCUAUUAGGAUUGACCUGGGCCUUCGGACUCAUGUAUAUUAAUGAAAGCACAGUCAUCAUGGCGUAUCUCUUCACUAUAUUCAAUUCUCUACAGGGAAUGUUUAUAUUCAUUUUCCAUUGUGUCCUACAAAAGAAGGUACGAAAAGAGUAUGGGAAAUGCCUGCGAACGCAUUGUUGUAGUGGCAAAAGUACAGAGAGUUCCAUUGGCUCAGGGAAAACAUCUGGUUCUCGAACUCCUGGACGCUACUCCACAGGCUCACAGAGCCGAAUUCGUAGAAUGUGGAAUGACACGGUCCGAAAGCAGUCAGAGUCUUCCUUCAUUACUGGAGAUAUAAACAGUUCAGCGUCACUCAACAGAGGAGCCAUGGCUAAUCAUCUUAUAAGCAAUGCUCUGCUUCGUCCGCAUGGUACUAACAAUCCCUAUAAUACAUUGCUUGGGGAACCGGCGGUCUGUAACAACCCUUCUGUCAGCAUGUACAACGCACAAGAGCCCUACAGAGAGACAAAGGGGCUUCUGAACAAUGCCAGGGAUACAAGUGUCAUGGAUACUCUACCACUGAAUGGUAACCAUGGCAAUAGUUACAGCAUUGCCAGUGGUGAGUACCUGAGCAACUGUGUGCAAAUCAUAGACCGUGGCUAUAACCACAACGAGACCGCCCUAGAGAAAAAGAUUCUGAAGGAACUCACUUCCAACUAUAUCCCGUCUUACCUGAACAACCACGAGCGCUCCAGUGAACAGAACAGGAAUCUGAUGAACAAGCUGGUGAAUAACCUUGGCAGCGGGAGUGAAGACGACGCCAUUGUCCUGGAUGACGCCACCUCCUUUAACCAUGAGGAGAGUUUGGGCCUGGAACUCAUUCAUGAGGAAUCCGAUGCUCCUUUGCUUCCCCCAAGAGUUUACUCUGCGGAGAACCACCAGCCACACCAUUACACCAGAAGGCGGCUCCCCCAAGACCACAGUGAGAGCUUUUUCCCUUUGCUAACCAACGAGCACACAGAAGAUCUCCAGUCACCCCACAGGGACUCUCUGUACACCAGCAUGCCGGCCCUGGCUGGUGUGCCCGCCGCGGAGAGUGUUACCACCAGCACCCAGACCGAACCCCCACCGGCCAAAUGUGGUGAUGCCGAAGAUGUUUACUACAAAAGCAUGCCAAACCUAGGCUCCAGAAACCACGUCCAUCAGCUGCACACCUACUACCAGCUAGGGCGCGGCAGCAGUGAUGGAUUUAUAGUUCCUCCAAACAAAGAUGGGACCCCUCCGGAGGGCAGUUCAAAAGGACCAGCUCAUUUGGUCACUAGUCUAUAGAAGAUGACACAGAACUUGAAACCAACGAAACUGCUAACACCUGGUGGACUGUUCUGAGUUGAUAUAAGCAGUGGUAAUAAUGUGUGUACUCCUAAAUCUUUAUGCUGUUCUUGAAAGACAAACACGGACUUUCAGACUUUUUUUUUUUUUUUUUUAAACUGGGAUUUGUAGGUCAGCCCAGGGGAGAAAGAUAACUGCUGAAAUUCCCCUGUGCCCUCUCCUUUCCUGUCUUUCCCCCUCAGAUGGAGACUUCAUUAUGUUAAUGAACGAGAUACGAAGAAGAUGGCGCUCAUUGUGGCCUUGUUGAAUUCUGUUGUGUUUGUUCUAACAUCUCUGAUGCUCUGUUACUAUAAUAACAAGGACCUGAUUUUUAAAAGGCCAGAAUGGUUGUUUGAAAUUAGUAACAAUGCUGCAUCUAGAUUGGAGUGCUGCACAAACAAACGUAAAAACAAAGGAAAACUGUAUCACAUAGUGGUUUUUAGUCACUCACAACCUGAAUUCACCACAGCAGGAAUAGCUGUGGAAUACAAAAUAAAACAACAAAAUAAUGAAAUGGAGGGGAAUUCUAGAAUUAUAUGCUAAAUGCAUAUUUUAUGAUUUGCUGUAUUAACUGAUGAUAAAACUAAUGGCAGAAAAAAAAAUGAACAAUUUCUAUGUAAUGUACAGAUACUAGCAUUGCACAUAUAGUCAGCUUUCUGUUCCUCCAGAAUUUGAGUCCUGUUAAUGUAGUGGAAAAAAAAGAGAUAUUUUCUUUUUCUUUCGUGCUGGUCUUGCAAGUUUGUCUACCAGUAAGAGAGCAAAGUUUCCUUCCUUUCUUCUUUCGUAUCUUUCUUCUUUCAUUUUCUUUUCCUUUUGUUCUCUUUUUUUCUUUUCUUGUUUCUUUCUUUCUUUCUUUCUUUCUCUCUCUCUUUCUUUAGUUUUUUAUUGCUUUUUGCUUUUUUUCCUUUAAAAUUUCACCUGGCAAAAAAAUAAAUAAAUAAAUAAAUGAAACUAUCACUUUAUAAGAAUCAUUUUCUAGUAAUACAAACAAAUUAUUUUUUACAAAAAAAAAUAAAAUAAAUAAAAUUAGACUUCCUUCCCUCACUAUAUAUCUUUAUUCAGUCAGAGUAUUUCCAAGAGCAUUUUUGCAAAUUAGAGCAGGACGAACUUUUCUGUUUACAGUGCACAUUUGUUGUAAUGCAAAGCAUAUUUGGCAAGCAGUUCAUCACCAAGACAGUAGCUAUGAUUCUAGAAGUCAAGAAGUGUCAAUAGAACUAGUGGGGCUUCUGCAUGUGAAAAAAAAAAAAAAAAACACUAAAACAAAACGGUAUCCCAUAGGCGUUUAAGUGCUGAAUGCUCAGUCCAAUCCCCAAGUGGGCACCUGCACUAUCAAUUUUUAAAGGAAAUUCACUCCCUUGUAGAAAGAAUCAAAAGGUCAAGUUAUUUUGAAGUGAUUUUUUUUAAAGCUCUUCUGUUUAUUAACAGGAAGAUUUAUUUAUUUGACAGGAUUUUAAGUAAUGUAGGAAUACAAGAGGUAAAUUAGCAGCACAUAUAAUUUUUUUUUAAAUUUAUGAUCCAUUUUGUAUGGUCUCAAAGUUGGAUGACCUCAUUACUAAUAUUUGUUGUAAAAGUGAAACUUGUUUGCCAACCAAUAAACAACUGAUUGAGAUUUAGAAGAUAUUGUUUUGCUGUAUGUACUAUAUGAUUAACUACUCUUUUCAUUUUUCUCGUCUUUCCUUCUGUUUUCAUUAUAUAUACUUUGCUAAUCCUCUAUGGCCCAAAUGAGCCAUGCAGAAGAAAUAAAAUCUGCCGAGACGGAUAACCUAAGCACAAAAUUAGACCAUUUUUUCAGAUAAAGUAAACCAGAAAAAAUGGGAUGGGCAUGUUUAUGUUGGAUGAAAUAAGAUGUAUAAAUUACUUUAAAGCAGGUUAAUAUAUGUUACUAUGUGCUUAUUUUAUAACUAGCUGGAGUCACCAUGCCUACUAUAAAAACCAGCUUCAAUCAGAGAUUUAAUUAUUGAAUUAGAGGAGAGAGUGCACCAUGUAUUUCUUCCUUCUAAGUCCCACUUCAAUGUUUGAAAUUCAAAGCCACUCAAUUGGCUAAAAAGUGCCAGAAUAAUGGCAAAGUGAUUAUCCAUUUUAUAAAGAUACGAUAUUUUUAUGCUAAUUUUUUGUUCCAUAUAUGGAAAAAAGUCCUUUCAAAGAAACUUUCUAGAUCUUCAGUAACUGAAGAACCUUUUCCAGCAGUGUCUAAGCAUGGAGUCCCUUCUAGAGCAAAGCCAGAAUGAAAUUGCCAAAUCAUCAUUUCCUGGAGUAUGUUUUGGUGAUUUCAUUUUUUUUUCUUUUUUCCCUCCAAAUCUAAACAACACCCAUGUAUAAAUUAAUUUUUUAAAUUAAGAUGAGAAGAAGUAGUUUACAAAGUAGCCAGUAAUCUAUAUACAGUUUAAAAAUAAAUGACAAAAAAAAAAAAAAUUCUGUGCUGGGCCAGAGUACAUCAUAACCUUGAUAUCACCUCAGAAUAUCUUAUUCAUCAUACUUUUUUGGUCGCUUAACAUAAGUAUUUUUUAAGUCUCCAGAUUUUUCCUAAGUUGCAGGAGAACCUCAAGCUUUAAUGGUAAUUAGGUUUUUUCAGACCACACUAUUGGCAAUAUUAGCACCUGACAGGUGGUUAGCCUAUCUGUUGCAUAGAAUAUGUUUGGCAAUGAAAGAACCAUUUUUAGAUGAGUUUAAGGUAACUUCAGAAACACAGACUUCGGUCUGUGGAUUAUGAGCAUUUAUGCUUGUUUUGCCAGUUCGACAGAAAUCUAUGCGAAGGCAGCUCUGUCAGUAAGAAACUAGUUUCACAGAACAAUGGGGAAACUACCUCAACUCAGCUUGCUGAUGCUGCCAAUUCUGAUUUUCAGAUAUCGCUACCUCCCUGCCCAUUAUCUUUUAUGUUUGAUUACAGGGAAAUUUGAAACAGGUAGCCUCCCCAGCUUUACAUAGACCAAGCUGAAGAAAAUCACUUGAAUACACAAACUGGUGCAGAAGGCCAUUACGUACUGUCAGUUACUACCACGCUCUUGCAUCAAGAUGAAAGGGUGAGAUUCUCGAAUUUGAAUACAUCAUAAUUGAUGUGCUUUCAGAAAAACUUAAGAUCCCAAAGACUUUUACAGAAAGAGAUUGUUCCCCCAAGUUUUACAUGACUAUAAUAAAACAAAAUGGUAAAGGGACUGAUUAUGUAUACAUUUCAAAAGAAAUGUCUGUAUAAUCUAACAUGUAUUCAUUUAGUCCUUCUUACACUAGCAAGGGUUGAAUUCCUGAACUUGACUUUUCCCCCCCAUGUAUUCCCUUGUGUAGCUAUUGAUAAAUUAAUAAUUUUAAAGUUUUUCUUGUUUUUUUUAGCACCUUUGGUUGACUCUCUUUUAAUACCCUGUGCCAUCCAUGACCUCCUUAUCUGAAUAUUUCUGAUGUUUAUCUGAUUUUCUGUAAAGUAAAUUUUCACCAAACAGACAUCCUGUACAUACAUAUUUGGAUAGCUGAAAGUAAAAGUUAUGCCAAUGAAAUAAACCAAUAAUUAUUCCCUAGUAAAAUAAUGUUUUCAUAGUAUUUUACUCUUGAACUUUUUUUUUUCUUUUCUUUUUGAGGUCUAUUUCUUGUUACUUUAUCAGGAGACUAGCUAAUAGACCUCAUGUUUAGCUGAUUCACAGACUGUUGGAUUGUUGCACAGCCCAUGUUCUUAAUUGAUGAUAUUUAUGGAGAAAUCUAAAUUUUGUGAAGGAGAAAUAGAUUUGAUUUCCCUUAGGUUUUUUUGAGGGUCCCUCUGGUUCCACUCUACUAAAGUUAAAAAUACUAAAACUGAAUAAUAAAUUGCUAUGCUAAAAUAAUUACAAUGGCAAAAAUGAAUUUGUGUGAUAACCAUUACAUUGAAAUGAAAAUAAUCAGGAAACUGUAUUGAUCAAGUGCAGAUAAUGGAAACACCCUUAACUUCCUGUCAAACAAGUUUACAAAAGACUCUAAAUUAAAAGUGUAGUUUAUGAUCUAUAUUUUUAAAAUCCCCAUUAACAUAAAAAUGUCAACAUAUUGAUAAAGGAUUUUAAAAUUAAGUGUUUUUUUUUUUAAAUUUGUUUUAACUUAGUUGGUAUGGCGAAACUUUUCAUGGUAAGGGAGAUAAACAUAUAAGAGAAUUAGUAAUAUUCAUAAAGAACCCAUAGACAUAAUUUUAGGCACUAUCUUCAGCUUCCCCCUCCCCCAACAGGUUCACAUCAAGUGACUGGUUUGCUCACUUCAAAAAAAAAAAAAGACAUUAAAAACUUAAAAAUUUACUUUCUGCAUUAUAGAGACCAAAAGGGAAUGGAAAAAUAGUUUCUGGGUUGUCUAAAGGCCAACUCCAAACUAAUCAGUAAUCAUCUCCUAUUAGUGAAAGAAUAAUUUGUUUUUAGAAGCUGUUCAUUGGUACUGUACCAAGGUGCUACUGCUUGAGAUGUUUUUGGAAAAAAAUAAAACAAAACACUAUAGAACUACUGUAUCAAUUCAGAUUAGAGCGAAAGAGCUAUACAAACUCAAAUCCUAAUUUGAUUUUGAGCAAUUCUAAAAAUGGUGACAUUAAUGUCUUUUCUUCUCUAACAGAAGUACGUGAGAUAAAAUGACAGUAUGUAUGAUCUUCCUAGUAUACUGUAGUACCAACAUAUUAAGAUUAAAUUAGCUCAUGUUUAGUAAUUCAUGAUUAUAACUUACUGCAUAAAUAAUUACUAUGCAUUUCUAAAAAUACUUUAAGUGUAUCUUAUGUUAGAUUUCUGCACAUUAAUAAAUUAGGAACAUGGAAGCACAAGAAUGAAGCAGCAACAUUACAAAUUAGCCUAUGGAAACAUUUUGGUGCAAAAGAAUUCUACAUGGAAACCUUCCUGGAGAUCAUAAAAUAGAUUUGAUGUGAAUCGCUAUGAUAAAUUCAAUUUUGAAAUUAGCAAAUACAUCCUUUUUAAACCAUCUGAAAAAUAAUCAAUAAAUAUCUACAUUUUCAUUUCUAAUUAAAAAGUGAUGGUAGCUGCUUCUUUCCUGCUUAGGCCAUCAGAAGAAUCUCUCCGAUUUGCUAAUUAACCUCAUUACUUCUACUUACCCUUUGCUUCAAAAGUGAAAUCAAUCUUUAACUUUCACUUACACACACUUACAUAUUUUGAUUCCUUUUAUUUACAGCUUGCAGAGGAAAUAACUUUGUGAUUUUUGCAAUGAAACAGGUAGUUAUUAUGGUUUUGCCUAUUUCAUUUUCAAUAAAGUUAUUGCUAUCCCCUCUUUCAAAAAACUUAGAAGUCAACAUGUCUUUAACAUCCAGGACCCUUAAGUUAUUAUUCUAAUGUCUUCAUUCCAGCUAUGUUUUGAUUUUUCUUCCUCUCCUUUAGUAGUAUGUCACACAAAUUUUUCUCAUUUAUGUCCCAUUAGAGCAUUUCAAAGGUAAAUGCAAACUAUGAUUUUUUAAGAAGGCAUGUGAAAGAAGAACUUUGACUUAUAUGAAGAAGUCAAGGAAGACUAUGCAUGGGGAAAAAACCUCUAUUGGGAUAAGCAGGUCUUUAAAAUCACAGUAUGAAUAGAAAAAGGGCAGAACCAAGUUGGUAGACUUACGGUGAGGUAGCAGGACCUAAAUUAGAGUUCCAGAGAAAAAAAUUCCAGGAAAAAAUAAUGAAAUCGUUCAGAGUGGUAAAAAUCUUAAACAGUGUACCAAAUGCAAUUGAUGUAUUAAAGCAAAAAUUGAAGUACCAUAUUACAAUUUUAUCCUGCUGAUUCCACAGGAAACUCCAAACACUUUUCACACUCUUUAGGUAUUUCUUGUCUAGCCACACCUGUCUCAAGGAAACAUCAAUAUUUUAUAAAUGUUUCUUAAAUAUAAGUAUUUUUGUCUCAAUUCACUUUCACUCUCCAAUCUGCUUACUCUAUUGUAUGCCAACACAGUUAAUGCUACUAGUAGCUUUGUACCUUUUAGAGCUUUAUUAUGAAUCUUUCUAAUAAACAUAAAAUUAAUAUUAAAUUGGAAUUAUGUACAUUGUGCAAGAUAAUUCAUAACCAAGCAAUAUUCAUAUUACAGGAUAAUUUAUUAUAUCUAUGAAUAUUACAUUGAGACUGAACAAAUAAUUACACAGCUGAAAAUAUUACUCUCAAGUCCUCUCUCUUCAAUUAUUAUAGUCAAUCCGUAAAAUUCUGCCGACAGUUGUAUGACAUGUUAUCAAAGUACUCCAUAAUCCAAAUAUGUCUAAAAGUAUUCCCACUGCUUCUUUCAUUCUAGAAUGCUAAAGGAAAGAGCUUGAAAGAAGAGGAAAGGAAAGCCGACUUCUAAGGAUCUAAUUUAGAUUAACAUUGCCAUUCAGAAUGAAUAAUUUUGAAAUGAGAAUGUUCCACUCUGUGACCUAAGGUUAUGAAAGAUUUACAGUUGGUCCAAUAUUGGAGGAUUUUAAAUUUUAAGAGAGUUAAGUUUUUCUCAAUGGCCCAAGGAUGCAGAAUUUUAUACUACAUUGGCAAGGAAAUGUGUUUAAGUUCCCUACCUAAAGUAGCUUUUUAAAGGUUAAAAAUUCCCUGAUUCUUCUGAAGGCAAAACUGGCAAAAUGAUCCUGACUUCAAAAUGAAAUGGCUUGGUUGACUUCGAAAAAAGUUUGGCAAAACUCAUGAAUGUCAUCAACUCUUGAACAGUAGGCAGAGGUCUUUGGGGAUGGAACUCAGGACACAGUGACUAGAACCCAGUGUCUUUUUAUGCUGAUCACUGCCUAGUCUUCUAGAGCAUUUUUAAUGCCCUGUAUUUCAAGUUGUCACAAUGUCUUAUGUUUGGGAUAACAUCAUGAAUCAAGAGAGAUGAGGAAAAACACUUAAAGUUGGUUUCCAUGCCUCAUUUCAGAAUAAAGAUUUCCUUUACCAUCCUAAGUAAUAAAAGAUGAUAUGUCUUGAAACAGCUGUAGACAAUCAGAAUGUGUUCAUUUAUAAACAAGUCUUCUUUGUAUAUUCUGACAAUAAUCUUUGCCUAUGAACUACAAAAUCAAUAGCAGUAGAAUCAGCUUGAUUUCCUUUCGUUUGGCUUCUGUGAAUGUAUUGGAAGUAGAAGGAUAAUCUGGGAAGUUUUUCCAUACUGUUUUCCCACUUGCCAAGCAUUAAAUCUAAUUCAAGAUAAAUCUUUUUUAAAAAAUGAUAGUUUAUUUUUAAAAAUAACUAAUUAAGUUAUUUCUCAUCGAUAGGAACAAUUUCUCUUUUUAGGAACAAGAAUAUAGCUAUUGCAGGCUCUGGUCUCUUACCAUUCUCAUAUAUUUACACAUGGAAUUAAUCUUAUCAUAUACACCUUCCAGAUUUCUAUCUAUUGGAUUUUUUCUCUUGUACAACCUCUCCAACCUUUUUUUUUUUUCUUAAAUGCUCUGUACAAUCACAUGUAAAAUCAUGAGCUACAAACCUCAAUAAAAAAUGUCAGUAAACAAUAA